AGUGCGAUGUGUACAAUCUGUGUUGUAUUUUCCGAAAGCUAGAGGUAAUAUAUGUUUGGUUUGGCUUAUCAAGUACCGCUUUAAAAAGGACUAAAAAUUCACAACAGACUGAAAAUGGAGGAUGACGCUCCUGUCAUUUAUGGUCUCGAAUUUCAGGCUCGAGCACUCACUGCCCAAACAGCUGAAACUGAUGCCAUUCGUUUCCUUGUUGGCACACAGUCGCUGAAAUUCGACAACCAGAUCCACAUCAUUGACUUUGAUGAUGAGAAUAACAUCAUUAAUAAGAAUGUCCUUCUGCACCAAGCUGGGGAGAUAUGGCACAUUGGCGCCAGUCCUGCAGAUAAGGCUGUGCUUACCACCUGCUAUAACAAAACCAGCGACAGCAGGGUGGUAUCCUGUGCAGCCGUGUGGCGAAUGCCCUCCGACUGGGACACCGGAAACCACGAGUCACCUGACGACUCCGCCCACAACCCCCAAACCCUGGAGCUGCUGUGUCACCUUGACGACAGUGCCCACGGCAACGCCGCUUGCGUCCUGUGGGAGCCCAUGGGGGACGGCAAGCGUGUGAUUUCAUUGGCUGAUAACCACGCACUACUCUGGGACCUGCAGGAGAGCUCCACACAGGCCACGGUCUCCAGCACUGCCACCCUGGAGGGCAAAGGUCAGCUUAAGUUCACCUCUGGAAAGUGGAGCCCUCACCACAACUGCAGCCAACUCGCCACAGCAAACGACACGGCCAUAAGAGGCUGGGACCUGCGCACCAUGAGUCAGAUAUACUGUAUAGAGAAUGCCCAUGGCCAGCUGGUCCGUGACCUGGACUUCAAUCCGAACCGCCAAUACUACCUCGCCAGCUGUGGAGACGACUGCAAGGUCAAGUUCUGGGAUGUCCGCAACGUCCAGGAGCCUGUCAAGACCCUGGAGGAGCACUCUCACUGGGUGUGGAGUGUCCGCUACAACCACAGCCAUGACCAGCUGGUGUUGACAGCCAGCAGCGACAGCCGCCUCAUCCUCUCCAACAUGGUGUCCAUCUCCUCAGAGCCGUUUGGACACUUGGUUGACGACGACGAGCUCAGUGAAGGGGAGGACAACCACCAGGAUGACAAGAGUAAGGAGCCUCUAAAGGACAGUGUGGUGUCCACAUAUGAAGAACAUGAAGACAGUGUGUAUGCGGCGGAGUGGUCAUCGGCCGAUCCAUGGCUGUUUGCGUCACUAAGCUACGAUGGACGCCUCGUCAUCAACAGGGUUCCCAGAGCCCUCAAAUACCGCAUCCUGCUCUGAGAGAGAGACAGGUGACCUCACUGAGUGUGUGUGUGUGUGUGUCUGUGUGUGUUCGACAUUCCACUAUGACAUGCUACAGUGUGCUGCACACACACUGGAAAUUGCAUGUGAAAGCGGCAAUAGACAAGACUGUGUGUGUGUGUGUGUGUGUGAGUGUGCAUGUGUGUGCGUGUGAGUAUGAGUGUGAUGUAAAUAUACUGUAAUACACAUUAUGUCCUAUUGUCCACUGUAAACAAUCUGAUCUGUGCUGUUAUUAAAAUUAAAGUCAAAAAAUGCAUAGGUAA